AGACUACAUGAAUUGCACUUCCGGUUUAUAGUUGUCAAAAUAAAACUCAAGGUCAACUUUCCCUGGCCUAGAGUAUAUAUAAGGCUUGCCGUCAAGUUUAUGGCAGAGUAGAUUAUCUUUGUUUAUGGUUUUUUAUUAUAUAUUCGCCUGACUUAUUGCAAGGAAACUACAAAGAUAGCAACAUGUUACGUUACAGCCUAUCUAGCUUAAUCGUUUUCAUGAUAAUAUUUUCACUCAAAGUGAAACAAUACAGCUAUAAUGGGUUAUAGUCGGUUAGAGUGGGAACUACCAUGCCCUCUCCAUUCAUGCAAAAUUAUGACGUAUGAGUCUUUUUUUAUUAUUAUUAUUAGUUUAUUUAUUGUAGUUUUUUCCGAUAACUUGACGCUCCUUAUUUCCACCCUAGCUAGGCUUUUGCAGCGGCUUUUUUCCAUUGGUCGCGCCCCCCGGUGUUCCAAGACGAUUGGUUGCGUGAUGAACGUAAACAAAGGACAGCCGUUGAAAAUGAAUUGGGUUGGAGGUUCAAGGAACCGGUUUGUGGUGAAGAAUGAUGCAAAAAAGCAGAGGGAGUUCUUUGUAAAGAGAAAAAUGCAACAGAAGUUAAAAAACUUGGGAAUCGCUCUGCCAGUAUCCCCUCGAGGCACGAGUUCUGGUAGUAUGGACCUGAUGACUUUGUUUAUCGUCAACCAGAUUGCUGCUAAGAAAGAAAAUAAAGAUCCUCCGAAAGUGGCAGUUCUUAGCAGCACUAAAAUAGGAUCCAAGCAUAAGAGAAAUGAGCCCCUGGUACUCCCAAUGAGCCCCUGCUCUCCAUCCCAGCUGUGUCUUGUUGAGGGACAGCCUCAGUACAGUGUUCAAGUAACAAGAAAUAGAAAGCAUGUCAUUCCCCAAGGCUUCAAGUGUCGGCAGCUGUCACCAGUACUGGAGUCAGCUUUCUCAGACAACAGUGCAUCGGACUACCUGCCACCCAUAACCGACCCCCUCAGCCCCUUCUCCAGCACAUCCACUUCCUCAGGCCAAGUCAAUUUAGGGCAACAGGUCUUCACAGGAAUGUUCCCCCUGCAGAGAAGCCAGAUGCAGCCACAGCUAUCCCCCCACUACACCUCAGGGCUGGAGCAGAUCAAGUUUCAGCCUUUUUCCCAACCCAGAGGUAUGACAGACUGUAUCCCCUGGUCCUGUGGAUCAAACCCAGCCCCCUACCAACCGGAGACACCCACAGCACCCCGAGUCCUGUUCAGAAGUCCAGAGCCAGAUAAAACAGAGGCUCACAGGGACCAAGCAAGGCACGGGGUCGCCUUCUGUCUCAACCAACCCGAGGACAAGGAGCCCAUGUUGGACUUCACUCUUAACCAAUCAGAAGCUGAGCAGCACUUUGAGGGGGAUGUCUUUAGGGGCUUCAGCACUGAAGAAUGUGAAAGAGAAGCUGUUCAUUUUGGGAGAGGAAACUCAAAGAUAUAUCUCAAAGAUGAAACGCCAGCACCACAAACUGUCCCUGACCCACAGCGCAUGGUAGUGGAGGGAAGCGAUCACAUACAUCUCUCCAACUGCACUGACAUGCACUUUUCAUGUCGUGAACACGACAAUGGUCCUAUGAAUGACUGUGAAUACUCGCCAAGUUACUCUUGUAGUGGAGGUUACCGCAGUUCAGACUCAAAUGACGAUGAAGAAUGCUGUCAGCCGUGUCUCCAGGCUGCCUCUUCCUACAUGGACCAAGCCUGUUGUGCAGAUAGCCUGAACCCAAACCAGGGGACGCAACACACACAGGGGAAUCCAAAACAAAGGCACACCAAGCCCAGGCCUCCCACCCCGCUCCUGAAACCCAAAAUGAACUCCAGAGAGAUAAAUCAGAAAGUCAUGGAGAACGUAUCUUUCCAAGUUAAAGCCCUAGAAAGUAACAGCCGGCAGAAGGGAAGCAACACAGCUCAGUGUGCCUCUCCUCAGGCUCCGGCUCAAACUCCGAGCUCAGAGCUGUGCAAAUGCAAGAGAACGUCCAGUGAGACUCGAGAUGCUGGAACUCAAACUGCCGGCAGCCCCGCGGCUGAGACGCGUCACGCCUCGACUCAGUGCAGCCUCGUUGCGGACGGCGCAACCGAAGCCACUGGGUUUAACUUGUGGCGACCACCUGUUGAUGUGUCAGUACGGCAUCCAGCCACAGGGAGGCGCACCGAUACUGCUGCCGAGCCAGGCACACGCACUCCUUUAUCCGGCGAGGCCAGGAGUGGAGAGAAGCACACGCCCUGGACCAAGAAGAAAUCCACAGCUGGUUUCCUACCAGGCAGCAGCAUUACGAACAAAUGCACUGCCAACAACAGCAAAGACGGCAAAGUGAUCCUACAGAGACCCAGAAACCCCUUCCCAGACGCUCCGAGCACGACUGGCAUCCGAGGUAAGGAGAAUAGAGAGGGCAGAGAUGAGAGGGGGCAACAGGAAAAUGGCCGUCUGAUCAAAGACCUCUCAAGUGAAGUGAGGGAGGAGGUCACGUCUGCCACCAGGGCUAACCGACUCUCAGAAGAGGGCGACACACUUCAGGAAAUCGCUGACAUUUUGCUCAUGCUCAAACAGAGGAAGGAAGUAAUGUAGGUGGGUGAAGCAGCAGGAAGAAAAAAAACAUGCCUGUUCUGUGCAUGUUUUUUUUUUUUUUUUUUUUAUUCAAAGCAUUAUUUAAUAGUUUGUUUUAAGUAUAUAAACCACAUCAAUGACUCAAAGUGUUUGGUGUGUAGUGUUGUAAGAGACACGGUGAAAUAAAGCGCCAAAGCGUUA